AUGAACUCGCAAAACCCCUCCGUUCUUCUUUCCUCUUCUGUAGCUUCUCUACGAGCCUCUUUAAGUACCCUAGAUAACAGUAUUUCGAUCCUCGAUUCCGGCAUCUCUGAUUUUCCCCGUCUGAAAUCUGUUCUGAGUACCACAAGACACUUCGAACUCACCCCCUCCACCACCCUGCACGCCGCCCAACGUUCCCUCGCCGAAGAACUCGAGCCCGCCAUCGAAACGCUUCUCUCCCGCUCCGAAUCCCUAAUUUCCCGUCUGCAGCGCAAAGAAGAACAACUCAUUGCGCGCUCCCAGCUUCUCUCAGGCCGUCUCGAAUCUUCCGAUUCCAUGUCCAACCCUACCUCCAAAGCCAGCAAACUAAGUCGCAAGAAGAGCUGGGAACUGGGGCUGAAUAAAGGGAAUAAAAGUCCCUUUGGAAGUGGAGGGGGUAAUGAAGAGAAAGCAAUGAGAUUAAAGGUUUUGAGGCAGAAGAAGGAGAGAUUGGGGUAUGCGGUGGAGAGAUUGGGAUUGCAGAGUCAGCAGAGACAGAGACAGUUGAGGAUGAGUGUUGCGCCGCCGUCGUUUGAUGAUGAGUGA